UGGAGCUGUCAACAGCUCGUGAAUUUUGGGGCUUGGACCUUGCAAAAGCCAACGGCACUUUGAUAUUGUGCUAUUGACCCUGCAAAGGCCAAGAACCUUUGAAUAUUGGUGUUUACAUCUUGCAAAGGCCAAGGGCCUUUGGUCACUGGGGUUUAGACCCUAGAAAGGCCAAGGGCCUUUGGAUAUCGGGGUUUGAACCCUGCAAAGGCCAAGGGCCUUUGGAUCUUGGGGUUUGAACCCUGCCAAGGCCAAGGGCCUUUGGUCACUGGGGUUUAAGCCCUGCCAAGACCAAGGGCCUUUGGUCACUGGUAUUUUCUCGCUUCUUGUGGAAGGGGCAGAUGGAGACCCGGCGGGGAGCUCGAGGGCUUUCUCACCAGGGACGUUCCUCCAGAGCCCCUGAGGUGCUGGUAGACAACCGUGACAGCAUGGCCAAUUCCAACAUCUGCACCGACAAUCCUGGGAACAUCCUCUCAACUCAGACAUCCACUGACAAACAGUAUCCCUGUCAAUUGGUUCGGGAAGCUACAGAGAAUUGUGUGCGCAUGUGGCAACAAUUUGAUCAAAUGGAGGAGAGUACCCAGAGGAUCAGAGGCCAAUACCAGCUCAUAGACACUCUGCUAGAAGAAAUCAGAAGUGACUGUGCAAACCUUGAGAAGUCCAGGGAAAUGCUGCUGCAAUGCACUGGAAUCCCGGAGCCAGGAGCCUUGCGUCUGCACCAGCAGAACACCAAACAGCGGAAGGAAGCGUCAGCCCAGGAGGAAAAGGCAGAGCAGCAGGACUGGAUGGAGGUUUCCCAGGAGGAGGAUUCAUCAAGCUGGUCUCUGGAGCAGCUGAGCUGGGAAUCCUCUGACCAAGGGCACGCAGCAGCCCAGGCAUGCAGAGAGGAGGAGCUGCUGGGCCAGAAGGCUGAGCUUGAGGGCCGACUGGCAGCCACAGAGUGGCUCCAACAAGACCUUUCCAGGCAGCUGGCAGAGACCAGGUCAGCAAAGGAGAGCCUGCAAUCCAGGCUGUUUGCUGCUCAGCAGCAGAUAGAUCAGCUGGAGAUGAGCAGGAAGCAUGUGGAGGCAGAGCUGCAAGCUGAGCUGCAGGAAGCUCGCAGUGAAGUCCAGGCAGCACAGAGGAGGCACAAGGAAGAGCUGCAAGGCCUCAAAAAGGAAAUUAAUCUCGUCCUUGCCCAUAGAGAGGCUCUACAAAAGCAGGUGGCAGAGUUGACAUCUCAGCUGGCAGCCUGCCGAGAGUGCCAGGAAAAGACUGUGCAGAGAGCCCAGCAAGAUGUGAGGGAGGCCCAGCAAGAGUCCAGGCAGAAGCUCUCAGAGGUUGAGCAUGUCCAGAAGCUGCUGGAGGAGGCAGAACAUCGGAACAAGGAGCUGCAAGUGCAUCCUGAGUAUUUGGAGAGCAAAUGGAUCCAGUGGGAAGAAAUGGCACGGCAGAAUUCAGAAUUGCAGGCUUCCGUCAAUGCCCUAGAGAGGGAAAAAGCCAGGCUGAUUCUGACUGUGGAGGAAAAGAACCUGUGCCUUAGAACACUGGAAGAACAGAACAUGGUGCUGAAAAAUUCUGUAUCUCAGUGUCAAUCUGCUCUUCAGGAGACAGAGCAGCUCUAUUCUGAGCAUAGAAGAGAAUUGAUGGCGCUCAACACCCGGGCCUGGGCCCUGCUGGAGGCAGUGAGGGAGAAGGCAGCUUGCCAAGAAUCUCGAGAGAAGCAGCUGGCAACUGAGGAGUCUGAGCUGUGUGUGAGCCUCCAGAGCUCUGAGGAAAGAGCAGAGGCCAUUGCCUCACAGUGUCAGGCCAUGGAGCUGGAGCUGAGGAAGAGACAGGCUGAGAGAGACAAUCUCAGGGCUCGCAAUAAGGAGCUGCUGAAACAGCUGGAGCAAACAAUGUUGAGGGCAGAACACCUGAAAAUCUCUCUGGAAUGUUCCCAGAAGAAAGACACCAUUGCCCAAAAGGAAGAGGAUGUGAUUCUUCGUCACUCUCUGCAGAAGAAACUGGAAAACCUGGAGAAGGAAAGGAACCAUGUUCAGCAUGAACAGGAAUUGUACCAGCAGCACAUGAGAUAUCUGGAAAAGGAGAAUGAAAUGCAUGAAGCUAACAUGCAAAGUCAAAAGGAACAAAUGCAACAACUGGACACUGAAAAGGAAACCAAGCUGGCGGAGUGGGAGCAUGGGGCUGCUGCUUUGCAGAAAUGGAGGGAGUAUGCUCAGAUACUGAGUGCUGCACUGAACAAGAGUGAAAUUGCCAAAGGGGCUCUGAAGAAGCGCUUGGACAUCCUGAAAGGAAAUAUCCAGGCAGGCAGAGGCAUUGACUUUCAGUCCAGUCCAGUGCCCCUGAAUUAUUCCAGUGGUGUUUCCCAUGAAGAGGUUUCCCAGGAGGAGGAUUCAUCAAGCUGGUCUCUGGAGCAGCUGAGCUGGGAAUCCUCUGACCAAGGGCACGCAGCAGCCCAGGCAUGCAGAGAGGAGGAGCUGCUGGGCCAGAAGGCUGAGCUUGAGGACCGACUGGCAGCCACAGAGUGGCUCCAACAAGACCUUUCCAGGCAGCUGGCAGAGACCAGGUCAGCAAAGGAGAGCCUGGAAUCCAAGCUGUUUGCUGCUCAGCAGCAGAUAGCUCAGCUGGAGAUGAACAGGAAGCGUGUGGAGGCAGAGCUGCAAGCUGAGCUGCAGAAAGCUAACAGAGAAGUCCAGGCAGCACAGAGGAGGCACAAGGCAGAGCUGCAAGGCCUCAAAGAGGAAAUGAAUCUUCUCCUUGAGCAGAGGGAGGCUCUACAAAUGCAGGUGGCAGAGUUGACAUCUCAGCUGGCAGCCUGCCGAGAGUGCCAGGAAAAGACUGUGCAGAGAGCCCAGCAAGAUGUGAGGGAGGCCCAGGAAGAGUCCAGGCAGAAGCUCUCGGAGGUUGAGCAUGUCCAGAAGCUGCUGGAGGAGGCAGAACAUCGGAACAAGGAGCUGCAAGUGCAUCCUGAGUAUUUGGAGGGCAAAUGGAUCCAGUGGGAAGAAGUGGCACGGCAGAAUUCAGAAUUGCAUGCUUCCGUCAAUGCCCUAGAGAGGGAAAAAGCCAGGCUGAUUCUGACUGUGGAGGAAAAGAACCUGUGCCUUAGAACACUGGAAGAACAGAACAUGGUGCUGAAAAAUUCCGUAUCUCAGUGUCAAUCUGCUCUUCAGGAGACAGAGCAGCUCUAUUCUGAGCAUAGAAGAGAAUUGAUGGCGCUCAACACCCGGGCCUGGGCCCUGCUGGAGGCAGUGAGGGAGAAGGCAGCUUGCCAAGAAACUCGAGAGAAGCAGCUGGCAACUGAGGAGUCUGAGCUGUGUGUGAGGCUCCAGAGCUCUGAGGAAAGAGCAGAGGCCAUUGCCUCACAGUGUAAGGCCAUGGAGCUGGAGCUGAGGAAGAGACAGGCUGAGAGAGACAAUCUCAGGGCUCGCAAUAAGGAGCUACUGAAACAGCUGGAGCAAACAAUGUUGAGGGCAGAACACCUGAAAAUCUCUCUGGAAUGUUCCCAGAAGAAAGACACCAUUGCCCAAAAGGAAGAGGAUGUGAUUCUUCGUCACUCUCUGCAGAAGAAACUGGAAAACCUGGAGAAGGAAAGGAACCAUGUUCAGCAUGAACAGGAAUUGUACCAGCAGCACAUGAGAUAUCUGGAAAAGGAGAAUGAAAUGCAUGAAGCUAACAUGCAAAGUCAAAAGGAACAAAUGCAACAACUGGACACUGAAAAGGAAACCAAGCUGGCGGAGUGGGAGCAUGGGGCUGCUGCUUUGCAGAAAUGGAGGGAGUAUGCUCAGAUACUGAGUGCUGCACUGAACAAGAGUGAAAUUGCCAAAGGGGCUCUGAAGAAGCGCUUGGACAUCCUGAAAGGAAAUAUCCAGGCAGGCAGAGGCAUUGACUUUCAGUCCAGUCCAGUGCCCCUGAAUUAUUCCAGUGGUGUUUCCCAUGAAGAGGUUUCCCAGGAGGAGGAUUCAUCAAGCUGGUCUCUGGAGCAGCUGAGCUGGGAAUCCUCUGACCAAGGGCACGCAGCAGCCCAGGCAUGCAGAGAGGAGGAGCUGCUGGGCCAGAAGGCUGAGCUUGAGGGCCGACUGGCAGCCACAGAGUGGCUCCAACAAGACCUUUCCAGGCAGCUGGCAGAGACCAGGUCAGCAAAGGAGAGCCUGGAAUCCAAGCUGUUUGCUGCUCAGCAGCAGAUAGCUCAGCUGGAGAUGAACAGGAAGCGUGUGGAGGCAGAGCUGCAAGCUGAGCUGCAGAAAGCUAACAGAGAAGUCCAGGCAGCACAGAGGAGGCACAAGGCAGAGCUGCAAGGCCUCAAAGAGGAAAUGAAUCUUCUCCUUGAGCAGAGGGAGGCUCUACAAAUGCAGGUGGCAGAGUUGACAUCUCAGCUGGCAGCCUGCCGAGAGUGCCAGGAAAAGACUGUGCAGAGAGCCCAGCAAGAUGUGAGGGAGGCCCAGGAAGAGUCCAGGCAGAAGCUCUCGGAGGUUGAGCAUGUCCAGAAGCUGCUGGAGGAGGCAGAACAUCGGAACAAGGAGCUGCAAGUGCAUCCUGAGUAUUUGGAGGGCAAAUGGAUCCAGUGGGAAGAAGUGGCACGGCAGAAUUCAGAAUUGCAUGCUUCCGUCAAUGCCCUAGAGAGGGAAAAAGCCAGGCUGAUUCUGACUGUGGAGGAAAAGAACCUGUGCCUUAGAACACUGGAAGAACAGAACAUGGUGCUGAAAAAUUCCGUAUCUCAGUGUCAAUCUGCUCUUCAGGAGACAGAGCAGCUCUAUUCUGAGCAUAGAAGAGAAUUGAUGGCGCUCAACACCCGGGCCUGGGCCCUGCUGGAGGCAGUGAGGGAGAAGGCAGCUUGCCAAGAAACUCGAGAGAAGCAGCUGGCAACUGAGGAGUCUGAGCUGUGUGUGAGGCUCCAGAGCUCUGAGGAAAGAGCAGAGGCCAUUGCCUCACAGUGUAAGGCCAUGGAGCUGGAGCUGAGGAAGAGACAGGCUGAGAGAGACAAUCUCAGGGCUCGCAAUAAGGAGCUACUGAAACAGCUGGAGCAAACAAUGUUGAGGGCAGAACACCUGAAAAUCUCUCUGGAAUGUUCCCAGAAGAAAGACACCAUUGCCCAAAAGGAAGAGGAUGUGAUUCUUCGUCACUCUCUGCAGAAGAAACUGGAAAACCUGGAGAAGGAAAGGAACCAUGUUCAGGUUGGCAGAUGCCACAAAGGGCCAUUUCUCAGCUAUGUUUGGACCUUGUGUUAG